UCGCCUGUCACCAUUUCCAGGGCUAGGAACGCCGGAGAGUUGGUCUCUCCCCUUCUACUGCCUCCAACACGGCGGCGGCGGCGGCGGCGGCACAUGCAGGGACCCGGGCCGGUUUUAAACCUCUCGUCCGCCGCCGCCGCACCCCCCGUGGCCCGGGCUCUGGAGGCCGCUGGAGGAGGCAGCCGUUCGGAGGAUUAUUCGUCUUCUCCCCAUUCCGCUGCCGCCGCUGCCAGGCCUCUGGCUGCUGAGGAGAAGCAGGCCCAGUAGCUGCAACCAUCCAGCAGCUGCCGCAGCAGCCAUUACCCGGCUGCGGUCCAGAGCCAAGCAGCGGCUGAGCGAGGGGCAUCAGCUACCGCCAAGUCCAGAGCCAUUUCCAUCCUGCAGCCCCGCCACCAGCAGCUUCUGCCAUCUCUCUCCUCCUUUUUCUUCAGCCACAGGCUCCCAGACAGGACAGCCAUCAUCAAAGAGAUCGUUAGCAGAAACAAAAGGAGAUAUCAAGAGGAUGGAUUCGACUUAGACUUGACCUAUAUUUAUCUAAACAUUAUUGCUAUGGGAUUUCCUGCAGAAAGACUUGAAGGCGUAUACAGGAACAAUAUUGAUGAUGUAGUAAGGUUUUUGGAUUCAAAGCAUAAAAACCAUUACAAGAUACACAAUCUUUGUGCUGAAAGACAUUAUGACACCGCCAAAUCUAAUUACAGAGUUGCGCAAUAUCCUUUUGAAGACCAUAACCCACCACAGCUAGAACUUAUCAAACCCUUUUGUGAAGAUCUUGACCGAUGGCUAAGUGAAGAUGACAAUCAUGUUGCAGCAAUUCACUGUAAAGCUGGAAAGGGACGAACUGGUAUAAUGAUUUAUGCAUAUUUAUUACAUCGGGGCAAAUUUUUAAAGGCACAAGAGGCCCUACAUUUCUAUGGGGAAGUAAGGACCAGAGACAAAAAGGGAGUAACUAUUCCCAGUCAGAGGCGCUAUGUGUAUUAUUAUAGCUACCUGUUAAAGAAUCAUCUGGAUUAUAGACCAGUGGCACUGUUGUUUCACAAGAUGAUGUUUGAAACUAUUCCAAUGUUCAGUGGCGGAACUUGCAAUCCUCAGUUUGUGGUCUGCCAGCUAAAGGUGAAGAUAUAUUCCUCCAAUUCAGGACCCACACGACGGGAGGACAAGUUCAUGUAUUUUGAGUUCCCUCAGCCGUUACCUGUGUGUGGUGAUAUCAAAGUAGAGUUCUUCCACAAACAGAACAAGAUGCUAAAAAAGGACAAAAUGUUUCACUUUUGGGUAAAUACAUUCUUCAUACCAGGACCAGAGGAAACCUCAGAAAAAGUAGAAAAUGGAAGUCUAUGUGAUCAAGAAAUUGAUAGCAUUUGCAGUAUAGAGCGUGCAGAUAAUGACAAGGAGUAUCUAGUACUUACUUUAACAAAAAAUGAUCUUGACAAAGCAAAUAAAGACAAAGCCAACCGAUACUUUUCUCCAAAUUUUAAGGUGAAGCUGUACUUCACAAAAACAGUAGAGGAGCCGUCAAAUCCAGAGGCUAGCAGUUCAACUUCUGUAACACCAGAUGUUAGUGACAAUGAACCUGAUCAUUAUAGAUAUUCUGACACCACUGACUCUGAUCCAGAGAAUGAACCUUUUGAUGAAGAUCAGCAUACACAAAUUACAAAAGUUUGAAUUUUUUUUUUAUCAAGAGGGAUAAAACACCAUGAAAACAAACUUGAAUAAACUGAAAAGGGACCUUUUUUUUUUAAUGGCAAUAGGACAU